AUCAACUGGUGACGACGUCUAUUGGUUGACUGAGGCUAGAUCACAUCAAGCUCUCUUCCUUUCCACAAUGUGUGCGGCUUAUGGUUGUCAGUUUCUGAAGGCAUUCCAUUUACACGUAGUUCAAAUAAAAAAAUAAGAAAGCGAGGUUACAAACAAAAUUAGAUACAUUGCAGCGAUGUUACAUUAUUGAAUGUUUCCUGUUCUGCAAGUGCCGAGACAUAAAAAAUAAUGUGCUAGUAGCUACCGGUAUGCACUACAUUAGAGAGAGAAACAGCGAAAAAUAGUAUCUCUACUCGGUCAACAUGUAAGUAUAUACCAAUCACACAGGGGAGAGUAAAACUAGAAUUUGAAAAAAAAAUGCUGAUUAACCUGCUGAAGUAAAUGGGCGGAGAGAGAGAGAUAGGUUGCUGUUUAUGUGUCAUUUAAAAGUACACAUUAGGAGGUAAUUUGGAGUAAAGUGCUGUGUACGUAGCGCUGGAUAUAUAUAUAUAUAUAUAUAUAUAUAUAUAUAUAUAUAUAUAUAUAUAUAUAUAUAUAAAAAAUAUGUUAAAUGCAUCGAGAAAGAUGAGAAGUAAAAAUAUACUAAAAUACUUCUGAGAGAGAGGGUCGCUAGAGAGAACAGAACACGGUAUAUACAGAAAGGGGGUUUGAGAUGGAGCUCGAGAAAGAGACAGAUGGGAAGCUUGACGCUGAGAGGCAAACUGAGGCCAUUAUGGAGAGAGAAGUCAAAAACCAGACAGAGGAAGAAUCAGUUGAAAAGGAUCCAGAAUCAGACACCAGGACAGAAGAGGUAAAGAGAGAACGCGAGACUGAGCCGGUGCGAGUGUGUGUAUCCGGCUCCACUCCCCUGCUGUGGCGCUCCGCGGACCUGCGGCUGGUCCGAGAGAGGAUGGGCAUUGUGGGAACGCUGGUGGGCUCUCUGGCCAGACAGCCACGUCAGAACUGCCGGCUGGGCAGACCACUGCAGCUGCUGCUGGAGGAGGCCCGUCUACUGAAGGACACUGGGAGAGCUGUGCUGGUCAAGGGGGCGGAGUCAGAGUGCGACGAUGACAAGAUGAAUGUAGAGGUGGAGGAGAAUUACACAAAGCAUCUUCAGCACAGCUACGAGGAACAAGGAAGACUUGCGUUAGAGGAGAAGAAACGUGUGCUGGAGAGAGUGAUGACUGAGCGACUCAGAGAUGAAGCUCUCACAGAUCAGCCAAUCAGAGAGCGUCUCUCUUCUCUGAAGAGUUCUUUUUCGUUCCCUCGCUCUGCCAUGAUGGUGCAACUCUGUACAGCCAGAGCGAGGUUGGGCUAUGCUCCCGAUGAGCGUGAUUGGCUGGUUACUGACUGGCCCUUACCACGUGACAACAAACAGGAAGUGAGGUAUCGUGUUUACCAGGACCUGCGGCAGCAGGGAUAUUACAUCACAUCUGCUGGAAAGUUUGGGGGAGACUAUCUUAUCUACCCAGAUUGCAUACCUUGCUCCCACUGGUUUCACAGGAACUGUCUAGGCAGCUAAACUGGUGUGGAAGAGGAGUUAAGAGAGGCUUCAAACCAAGGAGACUUUGCAAGCUCAUAGUUCAUGAGCACAGCGCAUUUGUUAUUUUUGGUUACAUUUGUUUUUACACACUUUUCUACAUGGUCAAAAAGAACAUGGGUCAAACAUGUGAAAGAAAGAAAAAAAACAUAUACAUCAGUCUUUGUGUAAAGAGAUUUAAACAAAUUGUGAAAUGGUUAUUUUUUCCGUUAAUGUCCGAAUUCAGAGAUUGAGUGUAAAAUAAUAUUUAUCCAAGAGCAAAAGUAUUUAAUAGUUUCAAUAUUUCUACCCUGCAACUUUGAACUGUUCUACCCCCUAUCCUGUUAAGUCCAUACAGUUGUGUAAGAUUUGAGAGUCAUGUUGGAAACUUUCGAUUGUGAUUCUUUUUUAAUCAACCCCCUUCUAGUUCCUUGUUUACUUUAUUAUCCUUGGUUUGUUUUCCUCCCAGUUCCAGUCAACAUUGUAUUUUGUGACGUUUUACUGACGUCUAGGACUAGUGUAGCAUGUUUCUUCUUUCCACGAGGGAGUUCCUGUCAGAAAGCAUGCAUGCGAAGUAUAGUGAAUAGCUCGAGUCUGCAUUUUUUAAACACACCUCUACCAAAUAAUAAUAAAAAUAUUUUAUUUUUUUUACAUGGAAAGGCAUAUGCAAUAAAUAUGCCUACAUGAUCAACUCCGACCUGGUAUUGAAAUAGAAUGCCUGGUGCUUGAGCUGCAGUGUUUAUAUUAUAUGUACCUACACAUUAGCCCAUGUUUCCCUGUACAUGUAUUUAGGCUGUGUUUGUGUUUUAUUAGACUUAAUACGUGUGUCUGAUUUCUUGCCACUGCACAAUGCAGUAACUGUACAAACCAAUUACAGCAAUUAUUUCACCAACAAGUAGCAGCAGAGAGCUAUGCAUUUUCAUUGGUAUACUUUCGGAGACAACAUGCUGCCGCAUAUAUAAGACAGGCAGAUGAUCCCCAUCGGAAAAAAGCAUGCAAUCAACAAACCCUGGG